AUGGCGAACAGAGGGUACGAUGUUGUAGUAGAUGUGGAUGCAGAGGGCGACCUUGGCCAUACCGACCUGCAAGAAGACCUCGAAUUCCACCCCUCCAACUUCGAAAACGACCAGAGAACCGCCAAAGUCCAAGGCGACUCCGCCGCGUUCCUGGGCGGCGGGUCAUCGCGCCGCCGUGACCGAUCCCCUGGCGGUACGCCGACCAAGCACAGCUGGUGGUCAUUGCACUACUACGAGCGAUUCUUCGACGUCGACACGAACGAAGUCUUCCGCCGCUGCGUGGCGACCGUGUAUCCCCGCACCAACUUCCUCGAUGUGCUAGAGGGUAACGCAGACCUGUACGGACCAAUCUGGAUCGCGACCACGGUGGUGGUUAUCCUGUUUUUGACGGGCACUAUCUCGCAAUGGCUGUCGAACAAUCACGACGAGCACUUUGAGUACGACUUCAGGUUGCUAUCGGGCGCGGCGGGUCUGGUCUAUGGUUCGACGGCUGACCUUAUCGAGUGCUGGGCUUUGUAUGGGUACUCCAAUUUGGUGUGGAUUGCCGUUGCUCUGGUCAGCUGGAGUCCGUUAACUGCGCUUAACUGGGCGCUUGUUGGCGUUGGCUUUGCUUGGAGUGUCUUCUUCCUUCUGAGGAACUUGUAUCCGGUCUUGAAUGCUACUGAUGCUAAGGCUAGCAAGAUCCUCUUGAUCUUGGUUGUUGUGCUACAUGCGGCUCUGGCUAUUGCUAUCAAGGUGCUUUUCUUUGCCCACGCGAGCCCCGUCUCGAAGAAGAACAAGGACAAGGACCACGAUGACCACGAUGACCACGAUGAUGACAAGGACGACAAGAGAGGAAUGAUGUUCCGGGUAUAA